AUGGACAUGAGUGGUGAGGGUGGUGGAGCGGGGGCUGCCCUUCAGCAGCGGUGGUACGACAGCCGGGUCAACGGCAGCCCCGCUGCAGCGGAGGUCUCCGAAAAUGGCGAUUUCUUCCACUCGCCGCUAGAGGGGGGCCAUCAUAGUCGCGCUCGCUACUAUCACCAACAAAUGCACACGCCGUACUCCUCUGUUGGAUCUCAUGGUCGGACGUUAAGUAGCGGAAGUGGCCAAGUGUGCAGGCCACACUUCCACACCCCGCUACACCCGUGGCUGGACUCCAAGGCGCUGGGCAGCGGGGCCUGGGGCAGCGGCUUCCAGCAGGAUGGCGCCGCGGAGAAACCCCUCUCCCCAGCCCAGCACCCCCACCCGCACCCACUCUUCUCCUUCCCUCCAACUCCCCCCAAAGACUCGACGCCGGACUCCGUAGCGGCGGCGGCGCUCGGGCAGCAGGACUACCAAGCGGCCGUUGCCCACGCGACGGCGAUGAGCGUCGCCUUCAUGCAGCAGCAGCAGGAGCUGCCCCUCUGCGGCGACGUCAAGCCCAUGAUGGGCGCGCCGUCGAAGCAACGCGAAGGUGCGCAGGCGGACUCUUGUCCUCAAGAGAGUCAGAACUCUGGGGAAUACAACGCGCAAUACAACGCCGCCGGCGACUACUACAGCUACCAGGGGAAGGGGUAUAGCGGGCAGCAGCAAAACAAACCGCGACCGAACAAGACGCGAACGAGCGCCGAGGGGCGAGAGUGCGUGAACUGUGGAGCGACGAGUACUCCUCUCUGGAGACGGGAUGGCACCGGGCACUACCUCUGCAACGCGUGCGGCCUAUACUACAAGAUGAACGGACAGAAUCGACCUCUCAUCAAGCCCAAGCGAAGAUUGGUGAGUUCUCUACAGUCAGCGGCACGACGAGCAGGCACGUCUUGUGCCAAUUGUAAGACAACGACGACAACAUUAUGGCGUCGAAAUCAAAAUGGUGAGCCGGUGUGCAACGCGUGUGGACUGUACUACAAGCUACAUAAUGUAAACCGACCUUUGACGAUGAAGAAAGAAGGCAUCCAGACAAGAAAUCGGAAGCUCAGCAGUAAGAGCAAAAAGAAGAAGGGAGGAAUGGGUAUGGGAGGAGGUGGAGCGUGCGCCCUCGCUCUAGGGGGAGUCAUGGGUGACAUGAUCAAACCUCUAGGAGACGCAUCGAAGGGCUUCGGUGGUUCCGCUUUUCCUUCAGCAAUGGACUUUGGUCAGCACCAAGUAGGUUUAGUACACCCUGCAGCUGCACACAUGUCGCAUUGGUACGGAGCGCCACACCAGGGCUUCGCCCCGCCACCGGCCUCGCAUAACCCUUACCAUCAUCAUCACCUCGCGCAGCUCAAUUCAAUGACCGGCUGGAGGAGUGAAUACACGUGA